GGCAGUCGGGUGGCAGAAGCGCGAGCGCGGCCGACGCGAUACGUUCCGUGUGACAGCUGCCGGUCUGUGUGACGUUGUGUGAAACUUUAUCGUGUUUGUGGACUUUUGUGGAACAACACUGUUUUGAAAAUCGAAUUGAUUGUAUGCGGAGUGUAUGAAACUACUUGCGUCAUGGCUGGAAGGAACUGUUGACCGCACCAUGUCGAAAUUAAAAAGUAUAAGAUGUCAAGAAAGAAUUCGAAAUUAAAAUUUUAAAUUCAGUGAAGUGAUAGUGAAGUGCUUAACUAUGUCCGAUAUGUCGUUCGAUAUGUAUGAAAACAUUACUAACAUGGAACAGAACAUUACGCAUUAUCCGACAGAGGCCACGAUACUGGCUGCUGUGUGUGCGUGCAUUUUUAGUGUCGUUGGAGUCGUUGGUAACCUAGUAACGACAGUGGCACUACUAAUGCACCCGAAGCUCCGCGGCCACGUGACGACGAUGUUCGUCCUGUCGCUGUGCGUGUCAGACCUGCUGUUCUGCUCCAUCAACCUGCCUCUGACUGCCAACCGCUACAUCAAGCAGCACUGGGGCCUAGGCCCCAGUCUCUGUCAGAUGUUCGCCUUCGUCUUCUACGGGAACGAAGCCGUCUCCCUACUUUCUAUGGUCGCUAUUACCAUCAAUAGAUACACUCUGAUCGCGUACUACGACAUGUACUCGCAAAUAUACACCACUACGAAGAUCUGGGUGCAACUGCUGCUUAUAUGGCUGGUCUCAUUCGGACUGAUGGUACCACCCCUCCUCGGCGUAUGGGGCCAGCUAGGCCUAGACGCCAGCACGUUUUCCUGCACCAUCCUACCCAAGGACGGCAAGUCGCCCAAGAAGUAUCUAUUCGUGUUCGGCUUCGCUCUGCCGUGCGUGGUCAUCAUCGUGUCUUACUCCUGCAUCUACUGGAGAGUGCGCCAGAGUAAGAGGAAGCUGGAGGGCCGCAGGUGUGUAUGUGGCAAACUAUCCGGUCAAACAGCCAAAGAGAAAGAAGAGGACUCCCGCCUAACGACUCUCAUGCUGACAAUCUUCCUGUGCUUCCUCGCGUGUUUCCUACCGCUGAUGAUCAUGAACGUGGCAGACGACGGGAUCACCUACCCCUGGUUGCACAUCAUAGCUUCGAUCCUCGCCUGGGCGUCCAGCGUCAUCAACCCACUGAUUUACGCCGCCACCAACAGACAGUACAGAGCAGCCUACGCCAAUCUACUCAAAUUCUGCAAGAACAGCACCGUGGGCCGACGGACAACCUGGGGCAGCCGGACUAUGGGCCAUUCUUCUAACUCCCCGCAUUACGCCGAAAAACGAAACCACAUGAAGGAUAAGCCCGCCAAUUUAUGAAUACACCAGUGACAUCUAUCGGCGAAACGAAAUGUUUCCUUUGAGAGAAUUCUUUAUGGUUUGAAGUUGAUUGCAAGUUUUAUCGUUGUAUUGUAAAUCAAUAAACGUCCAAAAUAGUUUAGUUUACACACAAAUUCCUAAGCAUCAGGAAAGUGUUAUUUAAUUUGCUUAAAACUUGUAUGCUUAAAACUUAUAUUUGGUUGUUUUUUUUUUUGGGUUCCGUAGAAAUUGCGCUGUAACCCGUUAGAGUUUCUUUUAGUUUACUAUGUCCGCUAGAUAUCUAGUGCUAACCCAAUUCUGCAUUUACCUACGUUUAUGAAUCUCAUUAACAGAGCGCCGACGUCGUAAAAAGUGGAUUGCAAUUUUUAGACCGAAAUAAAAAUGAUUUUAUGUACUAGAAACUGUAUGCUCACUACAGAUUGUAAUUCUUAUCUAUUCCUAACUAUAACAUAUACAAAAUCUAUUACGAUCCAAACAGCCUUGUGUUAUUGGACUGUCGAUCAAAAUAAUCUAUGUAACUGUUCAAUGCACAAACUUAACGACUUUUAAAGACAGUAUGUUAUAGUGAGUGCACAGUAAAUCUAAUUCCUGUAAAUAUUAAUUAUACAUAUGUAUAUAAAAUCAGGUUCUAAUAGCUAUAAUUGAUGCUUACCAGUUAACUUAACCAAAGUAAAAUAUUACCUUUAUUUUUUAUAUAAAUAAUCUUUAAUGAGAUAAGAAAAUAAUUAUAAUAUAUGUAAUAUUAUUUAAACGUAAGAAUGCAUUCCUUUAGGUUAUAAAUUAUUUUUAGUUUUUAUACGAUCGUUCAGUUCUGUAAGAUUGGAUCCAGGCACUAAAAUGUGUAAUUGAUUGCAAUUUGGUUAGUCUGUAUCCGCCUCAAAAAGACCUGACAAAUGUUUGACGAGAUUCAUGAGGACACUUCCAAUUCCAGUAGGUAUCAUUGUUCUUACUGACUCAGUUAAGCUAAUAUGCUUUAUUUGAGUCCUUGUAAUUCAUCAUUUAUUUUCGGCAGCACCUUCCAUGCAUAGCCUUUGCAAUAUUUCGAAUAGUUCGCUUUAUGCCUACUUCUAAACACAGUAUGUAAAUCGUUAUUAAUAGAACUCGAUCAACGUUUUUCAAAGAAGUGCUGUUUUCAUUUUUGAGCUAUGAAAGUAACAAUUUUUAUUGCUCUUGGUUUUUAUCUUUAAUUUAAUAUGAUCAACAAGUUCUCUGAAACUGUGACUCAUUCUGUUUUAUAAUGCGUAUAGCAAAUGUGCAAUGUAGUGUUCAUUGCUAAAACAAUAUUCUACAAAAAUUGUUCAUGAUCACGGCAAAUAAUUGUCACGUUGAGUUGUAGCAAAAUAUUGUAAUAAUAAUAGUUCUUGUGAAGACUGAUAUGUAAAAGUCAAUUAGGAUAAAUAGCCCCUCAAACAUAGCUACGUGGGAGAAACCGUUAUGUUGACAUUGUUAUUUUAAUAUACAAACAGUUUUGGUAACGUAAAAAGUUACUAUUUAUUUUAAUCAGGAUUUGUGACGACAGAGUAUCAAAAAAGGAAAAUGUUUGCUUAAAAUAAUUUAUUAUAUUGUGUAAUUAGAAUAGUUCUGUUAAUAAAUAAGUGAACCAAAGGUAAAAUAAAUGUAUUUAUAUAAA